AAAGGGUCACCAGCAUGGCGAGCUCGGCCAAGCGGGCUCGCCGAGAGUCCGGCGCCGGUGCCUUGGCCGCCUUCCUCGAGUGGUGCGACCGCGUCGGCCUCGUGCUGAGCCCCAAGGUCUACGUGAGCAGAGAAGGCACAGUGGCUGAUUAUGGCUUGAUAGCCAGAGAGGACCUUCCGGCUGGAGAAGUCCUUUUCACUGUUCCAAGAACUGCACUCCUUUCACAACAUACAAGUUCCAUAUCUUCCCUUCUGGAGAAAGAACAAGACUCCUUGAAGAGUCAGUCUGGCUGGGUCCCCCUCCUGAUUUCUCUUCUCUAUGAAUCCACAAUCAGUAACUCUCACUGGGGGACUUACUUUUCCCUGUGGCCUGACUUCAGUGGCCUGGAUCAUCCUAUGUUUUGGAGUGAGGAAGAACGGUGGAGGCUUCUGCAGGGUACUGGGAUCUUGGAAGCUGUGGACAAAGACCUGGCCAAUAUUCAGAUGGAGUAUUCCUCUAUUAUCCUGCCCUUCCUGAAGGCCCACCCAGAUCUCUUCAAUCCCAAGGUGCACACGCUGGAGCUGUACAAGAAGCUGGUGGCAUUUAUCAUGGCCUACAGUUUCCAGGAACCUUUGGAGGAGGACAUGGAGGAUGAGGAGCCCAACCCUCCCAUGAUGGUGCCCAUGGCAGACCUUCUGAAUCAUGUUGCCAACCACAAUGCCAACUUGGAAUAUUCCCCGGAAUGCUUGAAAAUGGUGGUGAUUCAGCCCAUUCGCAAAGGCCAAGAGGUCUUCAACACUUAUGGAGAGAUGGCCAGUUGGCAGCUCCUCCACAUGUAUGGCUUUGCUCAACCAUAUCCUGGCAAUAGGGAUGAUGCUGCUGACAUCCAGAUGUUGACGCUGUGCAAAGCUGCUCUACAAGCUGCAAAAACAGAUGCAGAGCAGCAGCUGGUCUUGGAGCAGUGGGAUCUUCUUUGUCAGAUGGAGAUGGUGGGUGAGGAAGGAGCCUUUGUGAUUGGCUGGGAGAAGGUCUUGACUGAAGAGGAGUUGUUCACAGCAUUAAAGGUGUUGGGUAUGUCUGCAGAGGAAUUCAAGGAGUUCAAAGAGCAAGAGGGCUGGGCCAACGAAAUGGGUGAGAAUGGGAAUACUGACUUGACACUCUCCAUGAUUCCAACACUCAAGGCAUCUUGGAAGAAACUGCUCUUUGAUGCCACACUGUUGACGCUGCAGGCAUACAACUCUGAUUUGAAAGCAGAGGAAGAAGUGCUCAUCAACCAGCAGGCCUUUUCAAAGCUGAGCUGCCGGGAACAGUUUGCCCUACAAGUGCGUUAUGGGCAAAAGAAAAUUUUGCAACAGUUACUUGAGCUAGCAAGUUCAUAGUAGGAAAGCAAAUGGAAAUCUGGCUUCUUCUCAAGUGAAGGAAGGAUACUGUAACAGUAUCAGGAACCACCAGGACAUGCUUUUAGGUUCUAAGGGCAUGUGCUCAUGGCAACCUAGGCAAGACCUUACAGAGGAGAGAGUAUGCUGUAACUUUCUGCUGCAUCUUGAUGCUCGAGGAUACUAAUGUGGUGCAGGACACUAAAUUUCAAAUUCUUGCCAGGAAGCUCAGGCUGACAACCUGUGGCUUACUCAUCUGCUCCUUUGUGUGUGGCAUAAAACUUUUAACAAGAUAUAUGCAGUCAGCCUCCCUGUGGAAUUAGGACUACUUGCUUGUCCACGACAGUGCAGAAUUCGUUUUUGUUGUACAAGCUGACAGGAAAAGGAAGCCAGACUUCACUGGAGUGGGGGAGGGGGAGCAUGCCUUCACUGGAGGAAGUCAAGAUGCUAGGGUAAGAAAGCAAUAUUGCCAGGAUUUUUCUGUAAGCAGUGAGGGAUCCUUUCUAUUCUGUAAGCUGUGAGGUUCCUCUCUACCAUGAUUUGUAGAUUUUUAAAGUGCCAUCUUGUCUGCUUCCCUACCACAGCAUGAUAUAUAGAACUAUUACAUGUAGCCUGCUUAUCUCUCCACUCAAAUAAGAGAUGUUUGCAAUGUUUGGUGGAGAGUGAGAUGACACAUGCACAGAGAGAGUGAAAAUGUGCAUGGUGGAGCUUUUGCAUAGCGAUACUAGACAAUCUUUAUGCUAUCAUAUUGCCACCCUACAGUGGCACUGUUUAAAUGAACUUCCCCUCUUCUGCUACUGCCA